UAAAAUAACGAGAUGUCACUACUCACAACAUCAAAACGUCAUUAUCUAAACGUCAAAACAAACAAGUCAAUCUGUUUUAACCAAUUUAAAAAAAAAAUAAAUUAAAACACAAAAUAAGAAAUGAGGAGAAUCUGAUCAAAUGCGUUCCUCAGUGAGUUACAUCUUAUCGAGCACUUCAACAGAACCAAACAUGUCUCACCCCGAUUAUGAGCAAUUCUCGCAUGACCACGCCGCCCUUUUGGUUCUUGUUCGCCAUAUAGGUUCCCAAUUAAAAACGGCCACCUUUAACAAGUACUUUGAGCGUAUUUCGAAAAUUAACUCUGUGAAAGUAACGGAUUCAUCGGGGCAGGUUCGAAAUGUUUUUGUGAGAUACAUGAGGGAUCAUCCGGUUGAGAAUAACGAUUGGGGAGAUUUCCAAACGCAUCGUCGAUUGCUUGGACUUAUUUCCUUAGGAAAAUAUGAUUCCCAACAGGAAUUGAACGAAAUUUGUCGGGUACAUGAAAGUUUGAAGGUUAAAUAUACAGCUACAUUGUUUGAUUCGAGGUGUAUUUUGUUUUCGCCUGUGAUUGAGAAUGCGCCAGGUGAUGAAGAGGAACUUAAAGAUCCAAUGAAAUUUGUGCCACCAUCAAAUUUUAAAACGCGCGCUUUUUUUUAUAAAGAAUCAGAUCCGUGUAGCGAUUUAGAAUCCCAUUUAACUGAAUUUGUGAAUUCUUUGUAUUGGGUGUUAGAAUCGAAACGUCAAGAACGUUCUCGAGAGAAAUUAGAGAGAGUUUCUUUACUGUUGGCUCCUUUUGAAAAGAAAGAUUUUGUUGGGUUAGAUAUGGAGUCGAGAAAUAAUAAGAAGCGGUGUACAGGGCGUAUGACGAAGCAUUUGGGGGAUUUAUGUUUACAAGCAGGGUUAUUACCGGAAAGUUUAACUUAUUACGCAAAUGCUGCUGAAACUUUAAAGUCGGUUAAUGAUUGGUUGUGGUUGGGGGCUGCUUAUGAGGGAUUAUGUGCUGCGAGUGCUUUAGUUUUAUACCCAAAUAUUCAACGAAACGUUUCUUUGCAUAGAAAUUCAAGUCUUCAAGAGUGCUCGCCGAAAAGAAACUCAAUAACAAUCCCCCCAAUCGAUAUUUUCCCCAAAAAAGACAUCCCCAACAUCCUCCAACCAGAAGAUAUUUCAAAACGAUAUCGAGAAGCGAUUAUUCAUUACAGCAAAUACCAAAACGCGGGGAUUAUCGAGACGGAAGCCAGUUUUAAAGCGGCGAGAAUUUCCGUUGAACAAAAUCAUUCGUUGCAAGCGGCUAGUUUUUUGCAAAACGUUGUGUUUAUUAAUUUAACUCUUUCCGAGCAGGAGAAGAUACAGCGAUUUGAAACUUUAUCUGAUUUGUAUACGCAAAUUGGGUUUAAUCGCAAAGCGUCGUUUUGCCAAAGAUUGGCUGCUACGAGAUAUGUUUCGCCGCAAAAUUCAACUCCGAAUUGGAGCCAAUGUUAUACUUUAAUGUUGAAUAGUUUUCCAGGGCAUAAAUUAAGUUUGGAUCCGACUGAAAUGUUGAAUGUUCAAAUGGGUUGGCCUUCUUUACAAAUCCAACUUUUAUUGGAAUUAGUAGUGGCUGCUAAACGCAUGGGGAAUUCAGCUUUAGCAACUCGUCACAUGACUUUUCUUCUCCAAACGAUGUGGGAUCAUUUAAACCCCGAUAACAAAAAGGAAUUUACUUUGCAACUUCAGUCUUUAGCAUCUCUUUGCGAAGGAGCCCCAGUUCCUCUAGCCUUAGAAAACGGAAUCGUAAUCCCUCCAGCAAACUUAGUAAAUAUCCCUUUAUGUAUCGGAUUUACAAUAAAAAAUUUACAACCGCACACUCAACCGAGGAAAGUUCAAGCUUUAAAACAAGAUUUAGGACCGUUUUUGUUUACCCCAAUUAAUUUUGGAAGUUUGGAACGGAAAAGUAAUAAGCCUUCGAGUAAGAUGGACUUUUUAUGGAUUGAAAAUGAUAUGUGCGAAGUGACGCUAAAAUUGGUUAACCCCUUACCGUUUGAAUUAAGAGUUUCAAAUAUGAGGUUAUUAACUGGAGGAAUCGUUUUUGAGUCAAUCCCUGAAACCGUUGUUUUAUUACCGGAUUCCCCCACUCAUCUAACAUUGAAUGGAACCCCGAAAGAAAACGGAGAAUUAGAAAUUUUAGGUUACAGCACUCACACUUUGGGGGUUAAAUCAAAUUGUCGAUUAAAACAUAUGAAAGGAUUUCUCCCGAAAUACAUAAUCGAGGUGAUUCCAGCUUUACCCAUCGUUGAGGUUAAAACGUCUUUGCCGCAAAGCGCGACGUUUUCGACGUUUCAAAAUUUUGAGAACGUUGUUACUUCCGCGAGUGUUAGUUUGUAUAAUGGUGAAAGUUCUGAGUGUGUUAUUACGUUUACAAAUAUGGGGAAUGUCCCGAUUGAGAUGAUGGAAGUUUCAAUACAAAGCGUUUACGAUCAAACACUUCAAGAUCAAAUUUUUAAAUGGUCCAAAGAGGAAUUGGAAAAUCAACUUCCGUUGCAACCACAUUCUAGUGCCACUUUAACUUUACAAUUAUAUUCGGCUGCUAAUUUCGUCGCACCUAAUUAUGGAUUAAAUAAUUUAAUUAAUAACUAUUUUACACGGGGGCUUCCUUUACAUUCGAGGUUAAAUAGCCCUAAUCAUAGCGCAAUAGGGAGUAGUUUCCAAGGGAGGAGGAGCGAAUUAACUUCAAGCGUUCGUUCAUCAAAUUCGGGUCAAUCUAGUAUGACGAUACACGGUUGCACCUCACCAGGUGGUGCGUUAACUUUACCCCCACACGAAUCGUCUUUAGUCGUCGAAGGGCAACUUCAAUUACGAUAUAGCGGAGGCGCCGGGUUUCAAGCUGGUUAUUGCAGAUCUUGUUGUGUAUUUUUAACUUUAGAAAUGAUGCCAUCCCUCCAUGUCAUCGAUUGGGAUGUAAUCCCAGCUGAAACCUCAACGCAGUUUUAUUUAGUUCUCGAUGUAGCGAAUUUAACAUCGCAAGAAAUGGAGCUAUAUUACACCCCAACCAAACACAUGUUAAUCCAAGGGCACGAAAUUUGUAGGGUUCCAGUUCCUGUGGAUAGAUGCCCUUUAUCUAAAUUAACUAAAUUGUAUAUGGACCAAACUGGGGGUGUUGAUAAAGUUGAUUUGUUAGAUAAAAUUUGUUCGGAACACAUCUCUAAUUUAGUCGAUUUGCGGUGGCAUUUAGUAGCUACGGAAAGGGAGGGUAAAGCGACUUUAACCGGGAUUACGUUAACACCUCAUAUGUUGGAUAUCGUAAGAAUGUCGCCAUUAAAAUUUGAUAUAACCAUUAACGGAGAUUUAAUGAAGCCGCAAGAAACGAUUAAUUGCGAAAUCGGAGAUUGUUUAGAGACCUGCAUUAAAAUAACGAAUUGUUUGGAAAAAACACUUCAACAAUUAACUUUAUCAAUACAAUUUUAUCAAGAUUAUCAAAAUGGAGUUUGUAAUUAUAAGUUAGAUACGAGAGUUGCAACGGCAGGCUCAACAAAGAAAUUAUUAUCUAAUUUACAACCAGAAGCUGAAGCUCAACAUUCCUGUAACGUAAUCUUCUUCACACCGGGCCAUUACAAAAUUGAUAUACAAUGUUCAUCACCUGAUAACUCCAGUGGGAACAUCAACAACCCAAUGGAACAUGUUUGGAAGUUUAUUCCACCCGUUGAAGUAGUUGUUGCUUAACUAUUUAACGAAAAAAAACAUUAAUAGGUAUAAAAACAAAAAAAUAAAUUAUUAAAAACUUUA